GUUUGUUAAAUAAUUAAUUGCAAAUUGUUUCAAAAUUGCAAAAAACACGAAAGUGAAGAGUUUUAUUUGAACUUGAAGCGCCCUCUACUGCCACUUUACCAAAGUUUUUGACAUUUUGACAAUUCACAAAAACAAUUGUUUUUCCCUUGUCAGUGUCUUUUUGGGUUUUGGAGACUUUUAAAAUCGUAAAAUAGGAUGUAAAUUUGUUUUAAAUCGUUAAAUUGUCAAAAUAGUGGUAGUGAGACUCGUGACAAUGGCUGGAAUAAAAAGUAAGUAAUUGCGAAAUUGAUUAUUUUUCACGAUUUAACCGAGAAAUUUCACUAAUUUGGCUUGUUUUAUGUUCUUCUGUGUCUCCCCCGAGCAGCUUUGGUAACACUGGCCUUCACCGGCUCCAUUGGUAUGACUAUGGUCAUCUUGGCCUGCAGCCUCCCCCAAUACAAGUUAUGGUGGCCUUUCUUCGUGGUUUUGUUCUACGUGUUGGCCCCCAUCCCGACGCUCCUCGCAAGGAGGUACACAGAGCAUCAAGGGUCGAGUAAUUCGUGUCUCGAGACUGCGAUUUUUAUCACAAUGGGGCUCAUUGUGAGCGCCUUUGCCCUGCCUAUUGUCCUAGCAAGGGUGGCUGUUAUCCAAUGGGGGGCUUGCUACUUGACACUGGCCGGGAAUUUUGUCAUUUUUGCCACGCUUUUGGGGUUCUUUCUCACGUUUGAUCAAGACGAUUCUGAUUAUAAUAUGUGGUAGUGGAAUAAACACAAAAUGUUGUACUCAUAACUAUUUUACUUAUUUAAUAUGUAUGUAAGCUUAAUAUUUUGUAAAGCUAAUAAAUAGAUUUCCCCAAUAAA